CAAAAACAAGAGCUUAAGAACAAGAGGAAGAGAUUUUCAUGGAGGGAACAUUUUCAAUUCAGAGAUAAAGACUGCCAUUUUACUUCAGAGACUCGGGAAAAAAGAACAAGGAACUCGCAAAGUUGCUUCGCUUUUCUCACUGUGCUUGUAUUUUCGGGUUUGAUAUUGCUCAAGGCUCACUGCUUGAGCUUCGGAUCAACCAUCAACAGAACCGAUAGAUAUUCAUUUGGCGUUUGCAAGAAAGGCAUUAAUAAGUGGAAGAUUUUUUAGUUAAUGGUUUUGGAAAUUUCCAUAAUGGUUAUAAAUUAUAAUCAAUCGUUGAAUCCCAUUCACCACACCCUAAGAUCUGGCCUGAGAGUGUGCUUGAGCCGGAGCUGCUGAUGGAACCACUUGUUGAUGGUAUGAGUUCUUUACUGAAAAAUCAAAACCCGACAUCUGCAUCAAGGAUUCUUGAUUCCUCUAAACCGUCGAAGAAUGAAGCAACUUCUUCGACUUCCUGUGUUAUGUCUCAAAAUUGUGCCAAGAAACCAAUUCGCCAUCCAAAUGGUUCUUCUGUAAGUAGUAAAAAACAUCCUGCCAAUUUGAACCAAGAUGUGCAGCUUGAAGAUUUAGCUGAUGUGGAAAAACAUACACAUGUUUCGAAUAAGGGGAAAUCCGAGCUUGUGAAGCCUAUUAUCGACGAUUCUAAGGAUUGUUGUUCAAAUGGCUUGGAAGAAUCUGGAAAUCAAGUAUUGAACGCAUCAAAAGUAGCUGCCACACAAAUAAAUGACCAACAAAAGUCUCAGCCAGCUGAAUUAUCUUGUCCAAGUCCUCAGGCCAGCAUAUAUUCCACGACUUUAUAUGCAGAGGCCAAACAAAGUUUCUCAAACACAGAAGUGAGUGAAUGUGCAAGCAGCAUUGACAAGUCUUGUGAAAGCAUCAACAUCACGAGUUCCUAUGAUAUUGACAAAAGCAGGAAGACGAGUGUGUACCGAGGCAGCACUGGCAGUGAUAUCAGUGAUGAGAGCAACUCGAGUAGUUUAAGCAAUGCCAUGUCUAAGCCCCAUCAGGCAAAUGACACAAGAUGGGAAGCAUUACAAGUCGUGAGAUCCCAUGAUGGGAUGUUAGGAUUGAACCAUUUCCGGUUGCUUCGAAGACUGGGAUGUGGCGAUAUUGGUAGCGUCUAUCUUUCGGAGUUAACUGGUACCAAAACUUACUUUGCCAUGAAGGUUAUGGAUAAGGCUGCUUUGGCAAGUAGGAAGAAGCUUCUGAGGGCUCAGACUGAACGUGAGAUAUUGCAAUCUCUGGAUCAUCCAUUCCUGCCAACUUUGUAUACACAUUUCGAGACAGAGAAGUUCUCUUGUUUGGUAAUGGAGUUUUGCCCCGGGGGCGACUUGCACGCGCUUCGGCAGAGACAACCUGGGAAAUAUUUUCCUGAGCAUGCUGCAAGAUUCUAUGUGGCUGAAGUUCUCCUUGCUUUGGAGUAUCUGCACAUGCUUGGGAUAAUCUACAGGGACCUAAAACCUGAAAAUGUGUUAGUGAGAGAUGAUGGACACAUAAUGCUAUCUGAUUUUGACCUCUCUCUUAGAUGUGCGGUCUCCCCGACCCUUGUUAAAUCGUCGAACUCGGGUUUAGAAGCUAAAAGCUCAGGAUACUGUGUCCAGCCUGCUUGCAUUGAGCCAACUUGCAUAAUGCAGCCAGAUUGUAUCCAGCCAGCAUGUUUUACGCCUCGAUUCUUUAGCAGACACAGGAAAGAAAAGAAGUCGAAACCGAAACCGAAAAGUGAAGUAUAUCAUCAAGUGAGCCCUCUACCGGAGCUCAUUGCAGAACCGACAAGUGCGAGAUCGAUGUCUUUUGUUGGUACACAUGAGUACCUGGCACCUGAAAUCAUAAAAGGUGAAGGCCAUGGCAGUGCUGUGGAUUGGUGGACUUUUGGGAUCUUUCUUUACGAGCUUUUGUUCGGUAGAACUCCGUUCAAGGGGGCAGGGAACCGUGCUACAUUAUUUAACGUGGUUGGUCAGCCAUUGAGAUUUCCAGAGUCUCCUUCUGUGAGCUUUGCAGCAAGGGACUUGAUCCGAGGUUUGCUUGUAAAAGAACCACAACAUCGUCUCGCUUAUAGACGCGGUGCUACCGAGAUCAAGCAACAUCCAUUCUUCCAAAGCGUGAAUUGGGCACUCAUCCGCUGCGCCAAUCCUCCAGAGGUACCAAGAAUGGAUGUCAUUGAUUUCUCUUCAAAAAUGGGGGCACCACACGCCGCUGCAGCCGCUGCAGCAGCAGCAGCAGCAGCAGGCGAAAAGAUGCCGGGAGUCGACGUGAAGCCUGAAGGUAACUAUUUAGAGAUUGACUUCUUUUGAAACUUAUUGUGAUUUCCUUUUUUCAGUCUUUUCAUCAACCAAUCUCCUCUCCGUUCCUCAUUUGUAUUGUGCUGUGCUUCAAUUCAGUCCUCUUGUGGUUUCAUGUUCUUUUAACUGUCACUUUGUAACUCACUCUACUGUGCUAUCUGCUGCUGCUCUGCAUAAUAAAAUCUGUGUGAGAAAAUAUGCAGAAAAGAUGCAUCAAACUGGGGAAUGGAAUUGUUGGGUUUCCCUCUUAUACUCAC